CUAUCAUUAUUACAAAAUAUAAUUCAUAAUGUUAUUUAUUCAAAUCAAUCCAAUGCUAGAUUAUAGAUUUCAAAGAUGAAAUUGCCAUUUAACAUGGUGCUAGCUCCUUUACUAAAGCCCUACCUUGGUCGCACACGAAUGUUUUGCCAUCAUUCAACAUUUUCUAUGAGUAUUUACUACACGUAUAUGUAUGGAAUACUUGGUUUCUGCAUAAGCGCGAACCACUUGAGGAAACAUUUAGGGGAAAACUAUCCACAGAUGCAACGUACAGAAUUACGAGAAAUGAACUUUAUGCUCCUCCAUGACCUGAAGAUCAUUGCGACGUCCAUGGGAUUAGUUCAAUAUGCUUGUUUAAUUGUCGGAUGCUUAACUGAAAAUCCAUCUUUAUUUCUGCCACAUCUAUCAGGGCAGUUAGUAAUUGUUACCGUGAAAAUUCUGAACGCUCUUCUGUUGUUGGCUCCUGUAAACCUGAAGGCAGCUAGGAAGCUUACGCACAAGGUACCCGCCAUUAUGCUGAUGACGUUCAACUGGCUCCAAGAAUUCUGUGUGUUCCGUCAGUAUCUUUGUAUUUGUGAUUUAUGACUGUAACUUGUAUUUUAUUAAAUUUA